AAAAAUAACUAACAAUAAAAGAAAGAAACGGUCUUAUAUAGAGACAUAUAUUAUGGAUGAUGAUGAUUCAUCUAGUUCUUCUGACUCUUCUGAUAGUGUAUCUGAAUUAGAUAAAGACAGUACUACAUUUAAUAUAUAUGAAGAUAUUAAUGGCUAUGAUAGUGAUAAGA